AUGACAGGGGAGGAGAGGUCGGGGAGAAAGGAGGAGCGGAGAAGGAGGGUGAGGAGUGAGGAGGAGGGAGGCUGGGGAAGGGAUGUGGAGAACAGGGAGCAGCAGUGCGUCAGGCCGGUCGUCGCUGACUGCGGCUGCAGAAGCGCCUGGAAUCUGAGCCCGGGGGAGCAAAGACCCCUUUCCAGCUGCCCGGCUGCUCGGACCACCUCGGCAGCCGGCGAGAGCAGCAGCCGAACCCGGCGGAUCACGCUCCUUCACAGACCCUUUACCCCCCCACUCACUCUUUUGUGGGCCACCCCUUCUGUCUCCAUCCCCCCCUCGCUUUUCCAUGGACCAUUCGUCCCCGCCCUUCCUGCUCUCCUGCUGACCCUUGACCCGUCCUUGGUCCUCUUUCUCUGCCUCGCUCCCUCAGCCCUCGGACGAUGCCGCGGCCUGCUAGCCCCCUUGGCCGCUGAUCCUGCCCACUCUCCCAUGGGCCGAGACGGUACUUAUUGUGGCCUGGCGGCCUCUCCACCAGCGGCUGGUGGCCGCAGACAGUGCAGGGAGGGCCCGGGUUCCGGCGGGCGUCGCAAGCAGCGUUACGUGGAGAAGGACGGCAAGUGCAACGUGCAACAUGGCAACGUGCUGGAGACGUACCGCUACCUGACCGACAUCUUCACCACGCUGGUGGACCUGCGCUGGCGAGUCAGCCUGCUGGUCUUCGUGCUGGCCUACACGUUGACCUGGCUCUCGUUCGGCCUCGUCUGGUGGCUGCUUGCUUACUGCCGCGGUGACCUGGAGCACCUGGGCGACAAGGCGUGGACGCCGUGCGUGCACAACCUCAAUGGCUUCGUCUCCGCCUUCCUCUUCUCCAUCGAAACAGAAACCACUAUCGGCUACGGCUUCCGGGUAAUCGCCGACUCCUGCCCACAGGGAAUCGCCCUGCUCCUUCUCCAGGCCAUCCUGGGCUCCAUGGUCAACGCCUUUAUGGUGGGCUGCAUGUUUGUCAAGAUCUCGCAGCCCACCAAGCGCGCAGAGACGCUGGUCUUCUCCAAUCGGGCGGUGGUGUCCCCACGGGACGGCUGCCUCUGCCUAAUGUUCCGGGUGGGAGACCUCCGGCGCUCGCACAUCGUCGAGGCCUCCAUCCGUGCCAAGCUGAUCCGCUCCAAGCAGACCGCCGAAGGCGAGUUCAUCCCCCUCGACCAGACCGAAGUGGGCGUCGGCCUGGAGACCGGUGACGACCGGCUCUUCCUCGUCUCCCCGCUCAUCAUCUGCCACGAGAUCGACUGCCUCAGCCCCUUCUGGGAGAUGAGCAAGGAGCAGCUGCAGGCCGAGGACUUUGAGAUCGUGGUCAUCCUGGAGGGAAUGGUGGAGGCGACAGGGAUGACAUGCCAGGCGCGGAGUUCGUACCUGUGUGAGGAGGUGUUGUGGGGCCACCGCUUCGCCUCAGUGUUAUCGCUGGAGGACGGCCACUACCAGGUGGACUACAGCAUGUUCCACCAGACCUUCGAGGUGUCCACCCCCACCUGCAGCGCUCGCGAGCUGGCUGAGCGUCAGGCUGAGGCCGAGGCCCAGCUCUACUGGUCCGUCACUAGGCCCCCUAGGGUGAGGUGCUCCCAGCUGGAGGAGGGAGCUCUCCCUGCGUCCAUGACAACCGAGGGCAAGAGGAAGCAGGAGGAGAAGGAAGGGGAAGGGGAUGUGAUCCAGCAACCCAACGGCAACCUCAACGAGUCUGCCUUGUGACGGGGCCGCAGUCGAUCAACUGUGGGAGGCCGAUGUCAACAACACUGACAAAUUGGUGCGGUGGGAGGGGUGGGUCAGCAGGCCACGGGGGUGGGGGUGGGAGGAGAUGGCAUGGCGUCAUCCGAUGGGAAUGCAGGACCACCAGGUUUUAUCCCAACACUACUCGACGGGGGAGCUUGUCCCACCUCAUCCCAUUUCAUCCCACCUCAUCCCACUCACCGGACAAGGGGAGCUUGUCCUACUUCAUCCCACCUCAUCCCACACUGUCCCACUUUGUCCCACCUCACCAGACAGGGGGAGCUUGUCCCACCUCAUCCCACCUCACCGGACGGGGGAGCUUGUCCCAUUUCGUUCCAUCUCAAGCCGGGAAUGGCUGAGAAGGUUAAACUGCAGACAUUCUGCAGAUGCUGAAAAUCUUCAGCAACACACCCAAAAUGCCGGAGGAACUCAGCAGGUCAGCACCAUCUAUGGAGGGGAAAUUAUGAGGCCAACUCAGGGUAGAGGGGCAACAUCUCGUAUUUGUUCAGGUUAGCCAACCCGAUUGCUCUAACCCAGCAUUUUCUCCCCAUCCCUCCUCUCUGCUCCACUCCCCAUUCUGAUUCCCCUGUCACCUCUUCCUCUUACCUGCCCAUCACCUCCCUCUGGUUCCCCUCCUCCUUCCUUUUCUUCCGUGGUCCUCUGACCUCCCCUAUCAGAUUCCUUCUUCUUCAGCUCUUUGCCUUCCACAUAUCAUCUCCCAUGAGAGACACAAUCCCAUGUCUCUCAGAUCCCACCACCAGCUCUUGGGUCCUUGGAGACUCCAUCUUCCUCUCACCCCACCAUCCCUGAACACGCCAAACCUCCCUUCCCCUCAGACACCACCAACCCCCUUCCCCCUCCGAUCCCAGCUCUCAUCCGUGCUGGGUUUUCACAAUUCCCUCUGACCUUCUUCUCUCUGAAGCAGAAGGUUCUGUCCUCAAUAAGGGCUUCACCUUUGUCCCGCUGUGACCACACCUCAGUGAAUUCUGCUCCCGCCAUGAUAGUGAGGUUGUCUUCCAUCGCCUCCAACUCCAAGCCUAUGUCUUUAGCAAGGAAUCCCCAUCUCACAACAUUGACCCCUUCUCCACUCUUCAACACUCCUCCUCUUCCUGGACACCACACCCUGAUCUUCUGCCCAUCUGCACUUUUACGUUGCCAACUGCCGACAGGACAUUAACCGUCUAGACUUUAAUAUUCCUCUUUCCUAUUCCAACCUCAUUCCUUCCAAACGCUCGACUCUCCACUCCCUCCGCGCCAAUCCAAACCUCACCAUCAAACCCGCAGAUAAAGGAGGUGUUUUCAUAACCUGGUGUACUGACCUCUACCUUGCUGAGACCCAGCAACAACUCUCAGACACCUCCUCUUACUUACCCCACUAAGGAACACCAGGCCAUUGUCGCCCACACCAUCACCAACUUUAUUGACCCUGGGGAUCUCCCAUCCACUGCCACCAACCUCAUAGUUCCCACACCCUGCACCAUUUCUACCUCCUACACAAAAUCCGUAAACCUGCUGGGCUUGGUAGACCCACUGUUGUAGCUUGUUCCUGUGCCACUGAACUCAUAUCGGCAUACCUCGACUUUGUUUUAUCCCCCUGCAAGUUCAGUCCUUUCCUACCUACAUCCAUGACACUUCACACGCUCUGGAUCUUUUCAAUGAUUUCAAUUUCCCUGGUCCUCAUCAUCUUAUUUCCACUAUGGAUGUCCAGCCCCUUUCCACCUCCACCCCGCCACCAGGAAGGCCUCAAAGCUCUUCGUUUUUUUCUGGACACCACACCUAACCAACUCCCUUCCACCAUCAGUCUCCUCCACCUGGCAGAAUGUGUCCUCAUUCUAAUUAGUUUCCUUUGGCUUCUGUCACUUCCUUCAAACAAAAGGGGUAGCAAUGGACACUUGCACGGGUCCCAGCUGUGGCUCUCUGUUUGUCGGCGACGUGGAACAGUCUACACUGGUGACUGUCCCGCACUUUUCCUACACUACAUCAAUGACUGCAUUGUUGCUGCUUCCUGCACCUGUGCUGAACUUGUCGACUUCAUCCACUUUGCCUCCAACUUCUACCCUGCCUUCAAAUUCACCUGGUGCCGUUCCGACAUCUCCCUUCCCUUUCUCGAUCUCACUGUCACCACCUCCGGAGACAGAUUAGACACUGAUGUCUAUUCGAAACCCACGGACUCUCACAGAUACCUGGAGUACACCUAGUCCUACCCUGCUACUUGUAAAAGUGCCAUGCCCUUCUCUCAAUUCCUCCAACUCUGCCACAUCUGCUCUCAGGGUGGGGCUUUUCGUUUUAGAAUGAAGGAGGUGGACUCCUUUUUCAACGAAAGGGGCUUCCCUUCCUCCACCAUCAAUGCUGCCCCCAACCGCAUCUCUUCCAUUUCAGUACAUCUGCUCUUACCCCAUCCUCCCGCCACUCUAGCAGGAAUAGGAUUUCUCUUGUCCUCACCUUCCUCCCGCCAGCCUCGUGAAUAAGUCUCCAUGUCCAGACAAGAUAUUCCCUAGGACCUUGAGGGAAGUUAGUGUGGAAAUAGCAGGGGCACUGACAGAAAUAUUCCAAAUGUCAUUAGAAACGGGGAUGGUGCCGGAGGAUUGGCAUAUUGCUCAUGUGGUUCCAUUGUUUAAAAAGGGUUCUAAGAGUACACCUGGCAAUUAUCGUCCUGUGAGUUUGACGUCAGUGGUGGGUAAAUUGAUGGGAAGUAUUCUUACAGAUAGUAUAGACAUCUGUAUAUCAUCUGGAUAGACAGGGUCUGAUUAGGAACAGUCAACAUGGAUUUGUGCAUGGCAGGUCAUGUUUGACAAAUCUUAUUGAAUUUUUUGAAGAGGUUACUAGGAAAGUUGACGAGGGUAAAGCGGUGGAUGUUGUCUAUAUGGACUUCAGUAAGGCCUUUGACAAGGUUCCACAUGGAAGGUUAGUUAGGAAGGUUCAAUCGUUAGGCAUUAAUAUCGAAGUAGUAAAAUGGAUUCAACAGUGGCUAGAUAGGAGAUGCCAGAGAGUAGUGGUGGAUAACUGUGUGUCAGAUUGGAGGACGGUGUGUAGCUGUGUGCCUCAGGGAUCUGUACUGGGUCCAAUGUUGUUUGUCAUAUAUACAAACGUAUUAAUGAUCUGGAUGAUGGGGUGGUAAAUUGGAUUAGUAAGUAUGCAGAUGAUACUAAGAUAGGUGGUGUUGUGGAUAAUGAAGUAGGUUUUCAAAACUUGCAGAGAGAUUUAGGCCAGUUAGAAGAGUGGGCUGAAAGAUGGCAGAUGGAGUUUAAUGCUGAAAAAUGUGAGGUGCUACAUUUUGGUAGGACUAAUCAAAAUAAGACAUACAUGGUAAAUGGUAGGGCAUUGAAGAAUGCUGUAGAACAGAAAGAUCUAGGAAUAAUGGUGCAUAGUUCCUUGAAGAUGGAAUCUCAUGUGGAUAGGGUGUUGAAGGAAGCUUUUGGUAUGCUGGCCUUUAUUAAUCAGAGCAUUGAGUAUAGGAGUUGGGAUGUAAUGUUGAAAUUGUAUAAGGCAUUGGUAAGGCCAACUCUGGAGUAUUGUGUACAGUUCUGGUCACCGAAUUAUAGGAAAGAUGUCAAUAAAAUUGAAAGAGUACAGAGGAGGUUUACUAAAAUGUUGCCUGGGUUUCAUCUCCUAAGUUACAAAGAAAGGUUGAACAAGUUAGGUCUUUAUUCUUUGGAGAGUAGAAGGUUGAGGGGGGACUUGAUAGAGGUGUUUAAAAUUAUGAGGGGGAUGAUAGAGUUGACGUAGAUAAGCUUUUUCCAUUGAGAAUUGGGGAGAUUCAAACAAGAAGACAUGAGUUGAGAGUUAAAGGGCAAAAGUUUAGGGGUAACAUGAGGGGGAACUUCUUUAUUCAGUGAGUGGUAGCUGUGUGGAAUGAGCUUCUAGCAGAAGUGGUUGAGGCAGGUUCGAUGUUGUCACUUAAAGUUAAAUUGGAUAGAUAUAUGGACAGGAAAGGAAUGGAGGGUUAUGAGCAAGGUGCAGGUUGGUGGGACUAGGUGAGAGUAAGAGUUUGGCACAGACUACAAGGGCCGAGAUGGCCUGUUUCCUUGUUGUAAUUGUUAUAUGGUUAUAUGGUUACAAUUCUCCGUAACUUCCGCCAUCUCCAGCGGGAUCCUAUCACCAAGUAUAUCUUUCACUUCUCCCCACUUUCUGCUUCCUAAUCAACUUCCUUGUCUAUUCGUUCCCCCCCCCGCCCCCCACUGAUCUCCCUCCUGGCACUUAUCCUUGCAAACGGAACAAGUGCUACACCUGCCCCUACACCUCCUCCCUCACUACCAUUCAGACACCCAAACAGACCUUCUAGGUGAGAUGACACUUCACCUGUGAGUCUGUUGGGGUUACUUACUAUGUCUGGUGCUCCCGCUAUGGCCUCCUAUCAGUCAGACCCGCCGUAGAUUGGGAGACCGCCUUGCCAAGCACCUACGCUCUGUCCGCCAGUAAAAAUGGGAUCUCCCAGUGGCGACCCAUUUUAAUUCCAGUUCCCAUUCCCAAUCCAACAUCUCAUCCCAAGGCCUCCUCGACUGUCGCCAUAAAGCCACACUCAGAUUGGAGACACAACACCUGAUGACAAGAACGUUGAUUUCUUUAACUUCCGAUUAUGACCCCACUUCACCAUUCCCCAUCCCCAUUUUCCUCUCUCACCUUAUCUCCUUACCUGCCCAUCACCCUCCUCUGGCGCUCCCCCCCCCUUUUUUCUUUCUCGCGUGGCCUUCUGUCAUCUCCUGUCAGACUCUCCCUUCCCUGGCCCGUUAUCUCUUUCACCAGUCAACUUCCCAGCUCUUUACUUCACCAUCACCCCCACACCCCUCCUCAGUUUCACCUGUCACCUUGUGUUUUAUUCCUCCCCUCCACCCACCUUACUCUGACACCCCAGCUUUUUUUCUCCAGUCCUGCUCUGCCCAAUCUGCUGAGUUCCUCCAGCAUUGUGUGUAUUGUUCGGACUUCCAGCAGCUACAGAUUUUCUCUUGUUUGUGACUGGUCCACCUAUUAGCUCCCAGCUUCACAAUUCAUCCCUCCUCCCCCACCUUCACCCAUCGCUUGCCAGUUUGUGCUUCUCUAUUCUUCUGUCUGCUGACCCCUUCCCUUCUGCCCCUGAUGGAGGGCCUCAGUCUGGAACAUAUUCCCCUCCAUAGAUGCUGCCGAGUUGCUCCAGUAUUUUGAGAAGGCUGUUCAGCCAGAAGGGCGAUCCCAUAAGAAAGUCAGAGGCUGGGUGGGGAAAAUGAGAGGGGGUUAUGUUGCAGGGAAGUUGGCUACAAGAGGGAUCUUUCUGGGAGAAAGGGGUGAUUAGCCAGGAUAGGAUGCUCAGGGCAGUGGAGGUGAUAUGUAGGGGCCCAACGCAUCACUAGCACCAGCCUACCCACCAUCGAGGACAUAUAUACAGAAAGGUGCUGGAAAAAGGCCAGUAAUAUCAUGAAGGAUCCCAUCCACGCUGCUUUGUCCCACCCCCCUCAGGGAGGAGGCUACGUAGCAUCCACACCGGGCCCACCAGACUCAAAAACAGUUACUUUCCCCAGGCAGUAAGGCUGAUCAAUACUUCCACCCACUGAUCUGCCCCUCCUAGUCAUAGUCAUGGUCAUACUUUAUUGAUCCCGGGGGAAAUUGGUUUUCAUUACAGUUGCACCAUAAAUAAUAAAUAGUAAUAGAACCAAAAAUAGUUAAAUAGUAAUAUGUAAAUUAUGCCAGUAAAUUAUGAAAUAAGUCCAGGACCAGCCUAUUGGCUCAUGGUGUCUGACCCUCCAAGGGAGGAGUUGUAAAGUUUGAUGGUCACAGGCAGGAAUGACUUCCUAUGACGCUCAGUGCUGCAUCUUGGUGGAAUACCCCCCCGUCCAGCACUACUGUAUCAUUUCCUGUCAGAGUCACCUUAUGUACAGACACUCCUGUGUCUAGCGUCACUGUCUGGACAUACAAUCACUCUCUCUAUAUCAGCUAUCCUAUGUAUUUAUAUUUAUCCUGUUUUUAUUAUUGUGUUCUUUAUCUUGUGUUUUUGUUUUGUGCUCCAUGGGAUCUGGAGUAACAAUGAUUUCAGCCUCCUUUACACCUGUGUACUGGAAAUGACCUAAACAAUCCUGAAUGCGGGGAGCCCCCACUUCAGUGCAAGGGGAAUGGUAAGGUGAUGUGUUGGUGGAUCAACAGGUUGGGACCGUCAGGAGCAGGUGGUCACUCACAGAUAGCCAGCUGGCCCUCAGUUCAGCACAGGAGGCAUUCAGAGUCCGUCGAGACUGCUUAACCGGACGGAAAGCACGCACACACUGACUCCUCAAACACAGUUCAUUUUGCUUGUGCAUGGACCCAGUCACCACACUGUUCCGAAGUCUGAACAGGAAAAUCAACAAGCAAUUCCAGAGUGGGGCUGUGUCUGUUUGAAUUUCACCUAUCACAAUCAAUAGAAACCACUGGUGAUCUUUGAAAUUAGUAAAAUAUUGUUCCUUAGA